CAUCGGGAGUUAGGGUGCUAGUAUAGAGCAGCAAUUGAGCUCGCUCGCUCGCUCGCCAAAUUGUGAUAUUGGUUUUGAAGAUUCUCGUGGUAUUAUUUACUUCGACUCGGUUAUUUAUGCAGGCUCGACUCGUGAUUAUGUCGGGCUUAGUUAGUUAUUUACACUUGUUAUGCUGGAUUGGAUUGGGACAUCUAUUUGCAUUCUGCCAGAUCUGCCUCUGAAGUUGUAGUACUUUGCUGCUUUGUUUCAUGAGUGAUGGUGCUGUUUGCUGGUCCAUUUCCAAGAUUAGAAUCGGGAUUAAGAAACAUAUGAGCUGGUGCGAUAGACCGGAAAAGAAUAUAUUUUGACUUCACGAGUCCAUCCACCUUAAAAACAGCAUAGUUUUUCAACCACUUAGUGAAAUUUGAAAUGGCGAACCUGACCACAGUUUGUCGAUUUGUCGCUCUUUCACAAAUGUAACUUUAGUAAUUUCGCCUUUGUGGAGAAAUGAAGGCAGAAAGGCUUUAUGUGAAUCGUGCUACUCUACUGCAGCCUGAAGACAUUAUAGCUUCCUCGACCACUUGGCGGGAAGCCAAAUUGAGACAAAUCAACGCAAAGACGAGAAUCGCCAAAACCACAUGGCAGAAGAAGAUGUUUACACGAAUGAUGGAACGGUGGACUACAAAGGCGACCCGGCCAACAAAAAGAAAACCGGAACAUGGAAGGCCUGCCCUUUUAUUCUAGGCAAUGAAUGUUGUGAAAGGCUGGCAUACUAUGGCAUGCGCUCCAAUCUGGUGCUUUACUUUAAGCUCCGCUUGCAUCAACACAGUACGACCGCUUCUAACAAUGUUUCAAACUGGGGAGGAACGUGCUACAUCACUCCUUUGAUUGGAGCUUUUAUCGCCGAUGCCUAUCUUGGGAGAUAUUGGACUAUAGCAAUCUUCUCGAUUAUCUAUGUUUUCGGGAUGACACUGCUGACGCUGUCGGCUUCAGUCCCGGGACUAAAGCCGAGCUGUACGGCAAAAGAUAAUUGCCAUGCUACGGACAUACAAAGUGCAGUGUGCUUUAUAGCACUCUAUCUCAUAGCCCUAGGGACUGGAGGGAUCAAGCCUUGUGUCUCAUCCUAUGGAGCCGAUCAAUUUGACGAUGCUGAUGAGGUCGAGAAGAAGCACAAGGGUUCUUUCUUCAACUGGUUUUAUUUAUCAAUCAAUAUAGGCGCGCUCAUUGCGGGCUCUGUUUUGGUCUAUAUACAAGACAAUGUGGGUUGGGGGUUGGGUUUCGGCAUUCCAGCAGCUGCUAUGGUAAUCGCAGUAUGUACUCUCUUUUCGGGCACGCGCCUUUUUCGUAACCAAAAACCCGGAGGGAGCCCCCUCACGCGCCUCUGUCAGGUGGUGGUGGCGUCCUUCAGAAAAUAUCGAGUGGAAGUACCGGCUGACAAGUCUCUACUGUAUGAGACUGCAGAUGCCGAGUCUUCAAUCAAAGGAAGCCGCAAGCAUGAUCACACCCAAGAUUUGAGUUUCUUCGACAAGGCUGCUGUGGAAACACCAACCGACCGCAUUAAGGAACCCGUGAAUCCAUGGAGGCUGUGCACCGUCACCCAAGUGGAGGAGUUGAAGGCGAUCAUACGACUGCUUCCUAUAUGGGCAACCGGAAUCGUCUUUGCUACUGUGUGCAACCAGAUGGGUACUUUAUUUGUUUUACAAGGCUAUACUAUGGACCCUCAUGUUGGAAACUCCAGCUUCAAGAUUCCAGCAGCCUCUCUCUCCAUCUUUGACACCCUGAGCGUCAUAUUCUGGGUCCCUAUAUACGACCGCGUCAUUGUUCCAGUGGCGAGGAGAUUCACGGGUCACAAAAGCGGCUUAACCCAACUGCAGAGAAUGGGGAUCGGUCUCUUCAUAUCCAUCUUCGCCAUGAUAUCGGCAGCAAUACUAGAGGUGAUUAGGCUAAAGAUGGUAAGGAGGCAUGACUACUACAAUUACAAGUACGUACCGAUGUCGAUAUUCUGGCAGGUCCCCCCGUACUUCCUUAUCGGUUGUGCGGAAGUGUUCACGUUCAUUGGCCAAUUGGAGUUUUUCUACGAGCAAGCGCCCGAUGCCAUGAGGAGCACGUGCUCCGCUCUCUCGCUCACAACAAAUGCACUCGGGAGCUACUUGAGCUCUCUCCUGGUGACUAUUGUCACGAGUAUUAGUACAAGACACGGGAGGCUGGGAUGGAUACCGGACAAUCUGAACUACGGUCACCUCCAUUACUUCUUUUGGCUGUUGACGGUCCUCAGCGUGCUCAACUUGGGAGCUUAUCUCUUGGUAGCAAGGUGGUACACGUACAAGAGGGCAGUGGGAACGCUCCGAUGAAAGUGCCGGUCUCUUCCCAGUCCAAAAACUUAUUUCGCACGGUCAUCUCAGUUUGUUUGCGACUUUAAAAGAUGUCUUGGUCGGCAUCUGCUUCGUUGGUUCAAGCUAAAAGAAUGGCCUGCUUGAGGUACGUAGUUUCUACUUUCCAUAGUGCGCAUGAAAGAACAAUCCUGUGCAGGUUGCCAGUUGCUUCGUUGUCAUUGUGUAAUCUAAGAA